AUGUUGCGCAAUGACGACCCGGACCAGUACGCAGUGCACGACCCGCUGCUGGAGAAGGGCAAGGAGAAGUUCAACAAGAUGCAAGCUAAGAUGAAGAAGAGAAACAGGGAGUGGGCUGGCCGCACGAGCCCGUUUCAUUUCGAUAUGGCGAAUCGCACCUACUACCUGCUACUCGUUUUCGUCGCGUGCCUCGUUUUUCUUGCUGAGGCAGCACCCCCAGCCACGGCGAAGCCAUCAUCCGAGGCGUUCAAGCGACCCGGGGUCGCAAGGAUCCUCAAGCGCCACAACCCGGCGGGCGAUUCGUCGCAUCAUCAUCAUCAUGGCGGCAGCCAGCGGCCGUCGGCCGGCGGGUGUAGUUCGUCGCCGUCGCCGUCCUCGUGCGCCUUCUCGUUCGGCGGAAGCGAAGGCUCCAUCCCCGAGUUCGGGCUUCCCACGACCGGCGAGGUGCCCCUCGGCUCUCCCCUGGUCGCAAGUAGCCGGCGCGGCAACGUGGAAAUUAUCCGGCUCAACUCGAAUGGCGUGGAAUACCCGUGCGGCUCGCAAAAUUCAGGCGGGAAUUUUCGAAACCAGUUCUACAUCAACAAUAACAGCUUCGCUUCACGAAUUCCGCGCACGGUGUCCCCGCCAUUCACGGCGCAAUUUCACGAUAAAACGCUCGUCACUCUGCUGGCUUCACCAGAAACUCUCAAUCCCACUCCAACCACAACCAGCCGAGCCCUUCAAACACAUUUCGGCACACGCCACAACAACUACCACUACUGGUACUCAUUCGAAGCACUCUCUUUGCUACCAUUCAACAUGGCGUUUCGCGCUUACCUCCUGCUACCGGUUUUCGUCGCGUGCCUCAUUUUGCUUGCUGAGGCAGCGCCCUCAGCCAAGGCGAAGCCAUCAUCCGAGACGUUCAAGCGACCCGGGGUCGCAAGGAUCCUCAAGCGCCACAACCCGGCGGGCGAUUCGUCGCAUCAUCAUCAUGGCGGCAGCCGGCGGCCGUCGGCCGGCGGGUGUAGUUCGUCGCCGUCGCCGUCCUCGUGCGCCUUCUCGUUCGACGGAUUCCAGGGCUCCAUCCCCGUGUUCAACCUGCCCAGGGGCGAGACGCCCAUCGGAACGACCUUGGUAGCAGACGGCGUGUCUAUUAUCAGGCUCAACUCGGACGGCGCGCAGUACCCGUGCGCGCGCAAGGGCACGGAGAAUCUCCGCAACCAGUUCUACGCUCGCGAUAACGUGAUCGUGAUGCGCUUCGUGCAGAAGGGUGACGAGGGGAAGCUGCGCGGCCAGCUGGUGAAGGUGCCAAUCACCAGCGCAGAGCUGAAAGUGGGCAGGAAAACCGUUAACCUCAAUCAGGGACAAAGCUCAGACGUCAUCCCUGAAAAUCAGCGCUGCAUUCUCUUCAAGAUCGCGGCAUAA